UGACAAUAACAUCAAUCCAGUCAGCCAAAAUGGCGACAUCGCAGUUUGGCUUUGUUUGUUGUAUAUCCUUAUUAUUUUUUACUUGUUGUUCGGCUAACAGUAUAUUUAGCAGAGUUCUUGACGAUAUUUCAUCAUGUACAAAGUCUUGUGCGAAUACAUACAGCCCUCAUACGUUUGAAAGGAGUUAUUUAAUGGAUCCAUGUAAAAGAGGAUGUCGUUUCUAUUCCAUCAUGGAAUUUGUGUAUUGUAACCACCACAGUCAGAAUCUCACAAAGCAAGGAUGUGUGGCAUCAUGUGAAGAGGCAUAUAAUAAAAGUGAGGAGUUGGAUGCUUGUUCAUUUGGUUGCAAGAGCCAGGUGCCCCAUGUUCUAGAAAGUCAGGGUCAGGAUGACUUGAUGGAUGUGAUGUACCCCCUAAUGUAUGUACACAGUAUUUACUCUAACAUGUUAGACAAGAUGUACUCUGGUAUGUCAGCCAGCUGGUCAUUUUAUGCCAAUAAACAGAGAGUCAUUAUUGUUAAGUCACAGCCACAGUUCUUUGCUCAGAUUGACAACACAGACACAGAUGAUGAGUACAACACAGCUAAUUACUUUGAGACUAAUCUGGAUUCUGUAGAUGGUUCAGCUACUCCAGUCUUGAAGAACUCGCAGAUUCUGGGCUUUGGAGACUCUGUAGAAUUAUCCCAGUCUCAGGAGGAGAAGAAGUCCACUGAUUGGCUGUCAUGUGUGUCGAAGAGGACCGGGAUGCCGCGGCUAAUUCUCAGUCUCAUUCUGUUGUCCUGCGCAGUGAUGAUGAUCUGGCUCUGUCUGACAGCAGCAGUUACUUCCCCUGAACACAGAGUUAAGCAAAACUACAAGAAGCUAAGCAUAAAUGGUGAUCUAGAGUAUCUGAGAGAACAAGAAGCAAUGGGGGUGAGGCUGCUGUUUCCACAGGAAAAACUGGAGACUGAUCAGCUUCCUAUCAAAAUCAAAGUCCAGAGACUGUAGAUAAGGCACAGUGAAUUCACAUCAAAGGUUUAGGCACCAAGUGUCCAUAUUCAGACAUUGUGUUUAAUUUAAUAUGCUCUCAGCUUGAUUAAACUUUCAGACCACAUAUGAAACUGUGAUAUUCAUAAAUUGAAAAUCUAUGAAAUCCAGAAAAAAAACUUUUAAUGAAAUUCAUGCUGGUGAAAUUUUUAUUUUACAAAAUGUAAAUGAUUAACAAGUAAUGAACAGCGUGCUAGAACAUAUUGCUUUCUUUUUGUUGUAAUUGUGUAUCGGAGUUUGUUACUUCUCUCACACUACCAUUGUGUAAUUGUGAUUUUGUUUACACAGGAUAAUUAUUUACAGAAAGAAAGUAGAUCUUCUGUGUUUUCUGUACUUCUCCACUGAGGGUAAAUGUGUACAAAAGUAUAAACUCAUAUACUACAGGCGAAUCCGUGAUUUUAAGUAAGGGCAUCUAUGUGUAGUAUGACUGCUGUGUUAAUUUGUAAUUAAUGAAAAAGUUUAGUUCAAUUUUUUUUUAAUCUUCCAUUGUACAUUCCCUGAUUAUUUUUUCCUUUCAAUACAUUUGAUAAUUGUAGAUGAUUAAGUUUAAGAAGAAGUUUUUCAGGUCAUUUUCUGUGGUCAUAUGUUACUUUUCGAUUUUGGGAAAUAGUUCUUAAGUGAUAAAAACACUAGAAGUGUUUAAUUUGUAUCAUAGAUAAAAAUUGAUUUUGACACAAAAAUGACCUUUAAAGCCAAAAUUUAUUUUGUAUACACUAAGAAAAAAUACAUCUUAUUGGAGGAAGCUUGUGUAUUUCAUCAUAGUUCAUUGAUAGGCAGUUGUAUACUGUAGUUCCAUAUAUCAGCAUAUACAUUGAUGUAAAUAUUGGCGACAAUAUCUGGCCCAGUAUUAAAGUGGAAAUCAGCUUUCUAUAUAUACUGAAUUGCAUUUCUUUUCUGUCAAUAAAUCCCCAUCCCAAUUUUGAUUUUGCAUUGCCUGUAAUGAACUCGUAUAAAGCAUUUUUGCUAAAUGUAUACAAAUUUUAUGCACUUGUAUGUGUAUGAGAUAAUUAAUACCGGGUCAGAUAUAUUGAAUUAUCAACAAUACAUGGUGUUUAUGGAGAAACACUCACAAGUUCUACCAUGUGUGGGAAAAAACGGGCUAAUUCAAAAUAUAUGUGUAAUGCUGGGAGAUCGACACUUGUAAAUUAUGUACAGCUUUGUAAUAAAAUAAUUGUGUGCUUCAUUAGCUUGCUGGCAAACUUCCCUAUAGCAGUUUUACAUCCAUGGGUGAAACAGAGUGUAAUCUAGUAAAUAAAGAAAGGAGACUUUAAUUUUCAUUUUACGUGUAUCUCUAAGUUGUCAAAGGCAGUUUAAAUACUGUAUUUAUAAAUAUUUUCAUGGGGUUAAAAAUUUUUUUUGGUUUUAUAUCCAAGAGUCCAAGAGUUAUUUCUUGGGAAUUAAAUUUAAGGUUUUCAGACUGCUAAUUAGUAAACAUAAAUACUGUUUUGUAAAAUUCCUUGAUAAAAUUUCUUCAUGUAUUUGAUUUCAUUGAAAAAUUGUAUCCACAAAAUAAUUGAAAUAGAAUCCCUUACCAAUAUUCUUUUACAGUGUUGUACAAAGAAUGAAAUGUAAUCCUCAAUUCUUAAUCCUGAUGUUUAUGUAUUAGCAAAGGAGAAAAAUGCAAGACCAGACCAGGAUUCGAAUCCAGGCCCCAAAACAAUUAGUCAGAUGCUCUACCAACUGAGCUACCUGGCCACCGGCAAUGAAACCUGCCUGACCGCCCCAUCUAGUUUUCACAUGAUCUCUUGUUGGGUGGGAAGUUUGCUAUUUUAUUUAAUUUUAUCUUGUUAUCUUUGAUUUCUGAAUGAUCAGAUGCUUUCAGUGAUAAUGCAUGCCUUGUAUGAAGAUUGUGAUGACUGGUAAAUCAUUGAAGUACAUCAGACAUUGACUCUACAACUUACUGUUUCUGUGGACAUCUCUAUUUGUCAGUCUGGGAAAAGGUGCAUUGUUGUUUUUGAUAACUGUGAUUUUGUUCUCAUUAAUUUUAGAAUGUAAAUUAACUAUCACUAGUGAUCUGGUGUUUUAAAUUUUCAAUAGCUUCAAAUAAAAGUACAUGUAUGUUUAAAUAUGCUGUUUAUGUAAUAAAUACAGUACAUCAUAUAAGAGGUCUGUGCAUGAUACCUUAUAGUACUGGUAUAUUACAAACAAAAAUUUUUCUCCUCCUUGUGUGAUACAGAUGUAAUUUGAUUUUGAUGUACCGUCAAGGAUUAAAUCAUUAUUAUAUCAUUUUGUUGUCAGUAGCUGGUAGAGGUUCAGCUCUGAUUUCAGAAUUGGUUAUUUUUUUAAUUUCCAGACAAAAUAUUUUAUGCCCCAUUUUGAAAAUUGUGAAAUCUUAAACUUCAGUGAAAAAAAGACUGUCUUCAGUAAAAGUACAGGCAAUAAUUUAAUAGAUACAUUUAAUAAAGUCAGAAGUUAUUUACACAUUUAAAUAUGCAUUAUUUAUUUAAAAUGAAUAUUAGGACAUUAUUUUAGUAUUUUUUCUGUGUAUGAUUGUAUAUUUUGGGUCAACAAUAAAAACAUGAUACAGCA